AUGCGUAGACGCUUGCUUUUGAGCCGAGGAAGCUUCUGGAGGAAAGUGAGCUGCGGGCUGGAGCGCGCGUCACCGCAAGGGGGCGCCCACGAGGCGCCCCGCGCGGAGACCACCCUCCUGGCUCGGGCCGUCCUCAGCGUUUCGGCCUCAGCUGGGGGCGUGCGGGAGGGGCGUGUCUGCGCCCUGCAGAAAGACCACCCCAACCCGACAGACACGCGCAGGGAGCCUGGAGCACCCCGAAACUGGUCGGGGGCGUCCCCGCAGUACUCGUAA